CGCCCUCAUGAAGAGCUGAACGUCUGAUUGGUGUACUGUAAAGUCUGUUGUUCCGGAAAACACUUCCUGGAUGAGAUUAUGGCUGGAACAGGACAGAGCCGGGCAAAUACCUUAGAAUUAUUCUAUGGAAACGGUCCAAUAUUACCACUGUCAAUUAAACAAUGAGCGAAUAGAGACCAAGGCUGGAUUGUAUUUUCUGUACCUGCCAGGUGUCUUUUGGCUGACUGCAAUGGAGGGGGCCAAACAAACCAGAGUUUCUCGUCCGCACAGAAUCAGCGAGUCAUCGAAGGUGUACAGAUUGGCCGAGCACCCAGGCACGGUGCUACAAGGGCUGAACGAGCAGCGUCAGAAGGAGCUGUUCUGUGACAUUGUCCUGGUGGCGGAUGAGCAGCGUGUACCGGCCCACCGCAACCUUCUCGCUGUCUACAGUGACUACUUCAAUUCCAUGUUUACCAUUGGCAUGCGAGAGGCCCGCCAACUGGAGGUUGAGCUGGUGGGGGCCUCUUACAUUGGCCUGAAGGCUGUCAUCGACUUUCUGUACAGCAGCGAGCUCCCGCUGGAUGGGGGCAACAUUGACUAUGUGCUGGAGACAGCCCAUCUGUUGCAGGUGUGGCAGGUAGUGGACUUCUGCUGUGAGUACCUGGAGAACGAGGUGAGCGAGGAGAACUACCUGUACCUGCAGGAGCUGGCUUUCAUCUACAGCCUGGACCGUCUCGAUUCGUACAUCGACAGCUUCAUCCUCUGUAACUUCGGCACCCUGUCCUUCACCCCGGACUUCCUGCAAAAUCUCAGGAUGCAGAAACUCUGCUCUUACCUGGCCAGCAACCAUGUGCAGCACGACUGUGAACACAACCUGCUGCAGGCCGCUCUGCAGUGGCUCACCCAAAACCCUGAGAGGGAAUCAGACGCCCAUCUAGUUCUGGCCAACAUCCACUUCCCACUCAUCCCUAUGAGUGACCUCCAGCACAGGGUCAAGCCAGCAGUGUGCUCCCUGCUCCCAAAGGAGGCCAACUGUGAGGCUCUGAUUGAGGAGGCCCUGGGUUACCACAGCCAGCUCAUGGCCCAGCCAGUUCUGCAGAACAAGCGCUCAGCACUGCGUGCUGAUGCUGAUCAGCUGCUGUUCGUUGGCGGGGAAGUGUCAGAGCGUGGGGAGGAGCUGAGCGAUGAUGUUUGCUUCCUGGACCCUGCCGAAGGCCGCUGGGUGUCUGAGACUGAGAUCCCUGCCCGCCGGAGCCACCACUGCGUCACUGUGAUGGGAGGGUUCAUCUUCGUGGCAGGGGGAAGCUCAUCCCGGGACAAUGGAGGGGACGCUGCCUCUAACGUGCUCUACCGCUACGAUCCAAGGUGCAACGAGUGGAUAAAGGGCACUCCUAUGAACCAGCGGCGCGUGGAUUUCUACCUAGGCACUAUUGCAGACCUGCUGAUUGCUGUGGGUGGACGGAAUGACAAUGGAGCGCUGUCCUCUGUGGAGGUCUACAGCCCGCAAACAGACACCUGGUCCUAUGUGGCAGGACUCCCACGAUUUACCUACGGUCAUGCAGGCACGACCUCUAAAGAGUUUAUCUACAUCUCUGGGGGCCACGACUACCAGAUUGGCCCUUACAGACGGAACAUGCUUUGUUACAAUUACCGCACAGAUGUCUGGGAGGAGAAACACCCCAUGAUCAAGGGUCGUGGCUGGCACAGCAUGUGCACUCUGCAGGAACACAUCUAUGCGAUUGGAGGCAGUGAUGACCAUGUUGAGACCAUGGAGCGCUUUGACAUCUUGAGUGUGGAGUGCUUCAGCCCCCAGUGUAACCAGUGGACACGAGUGGCUCCCCUGUUCCAGGCCACCAGUGAGUCUGGGGUUGCUGUUUUGGGUGGUAAGAUUUACAUCCUUGGCGGCUACAGCUGGGAGAACACUGUUUUCUCUAAAAUGGUGCAGGUCUACGAUUUAGAGACGAAAAAAUGGACAAGGGGAGUGGACCUGCCUAAAUGCAUUGCAGGGGUGUCUGCAUGCAUCUGCACGGUCAAGCCCAGGAGUCCGGAGAAGAAGCUGAAGAUGAAAGGGCAUCAGGUUAAUGGAAGGGGAUCCAUUCAGCUUGCAAAAGAGAGAAGACUUUAACAAAGAAAAUGCUUUCAUAAUAUGUGAACAAAAAAAAAUCUUAUCUUAAGCAUCCAGGGUUACAUUUCAAGCUGUUUCAACUCCAGGUAAACAGUAAUAUAAGUAUAGGUGCUUAAUAUUAAAAAGUAAAAUUUCAACAGGCACAGUUUUUAGUUCUUUAUAAAUUGGACAGCAUCUAAUAAUACAGUAUUGAAGCAGAAGUGUGCAUUUUGUAGUGCUUUCUAAUACAAAAAAAAAGACUUGUACGAGUGAUCUGAAAAUAUAAAAUAGGGGCCAUAAUUAGCUGCACCUGCAUUACAAAAAAUAAAACAAAACAAGUUUUGAAAUGUAAAAUAUGUAAUAUGUAUGGAGUAAAAUUGAAACAAGGCGAAACAAAUUGAGAAAAUUCUAGGGAAUAAAACAUAGUUAAACCGCUGUGGAAACUAGUAAACACAUCAAAUUGCUAUGUUUAAAAGCUAGAAAUAUUAUAAAUAAAGUAUGAGAACUAGAAACCACAUUAGCAGCUGAACUUGGCCACCCCUAACCACACAGAAAAAUUCACAAAUAGUGGGUUUAGGUUGUUAGGAGGGACUGACGGGAUAGAAGAGGGUAUGUAAGUACGUAGGACAGAAUUUAUCUUGACUUUCAAAAGACUUUUGACAUGAAUGACUUGUUAAGCACAAAUCAGUAGAAAUCCAGGGCAGUACAAGCACAUGUUUUCAUUCAGAGAGUAUCAUGUUGGACCAUGUAUUAUACCCCAUAUGUACAUUACAUCAUGCAAAAAAUAUUAAAAAAUAAAUAAAUAAAAAAGGUGUUGGGAUUUUGUGAAACGGCUGACGCAAGAAACAUGUGUUCAGCAGUACAGUACUUAAAUAUUAGUAAAUAUUAAAUGGUUGGGGUAUUUAGCUAUACCUGCAAAAAAAUGGCUAUGAUGAACACACAUUAGAUUUCGUUUUUAUUACUAUAGCGUCAAACCAAGCUCUAAAUAGUAAGCAUAAAAAUGUCAAAUAAUCAAAAAAACAUUCCAUUUAUGCAGAUAGCACAAUGCAUUUUUAAUGCUUGCAAAUAACUGUUUUUGUCUGAUGUCUGUGUGUGAGUUAUUUAUAAUUGCAUCCAAGGGUUCUGAUCUCUCCUACUUGUUGUGUAGUAGGUAUGUUUUCACAAAGUUUAUAUUGAAGGCAGUUUUUUUUUUUGUUUGUUUGUUUUCUUGGUCUCCGAGGAAUAAUUCUCUGGCUUCUAGUAUGGGAAUUUCAAAACGACCUACAUUUUGAGAGCUUGGAUUUUUAAAAAAAAAUAAAAA